UGUUUCUGUAUUAUGUUGAUAUGAGUGAAUCUUAUAAUUUCCGAUGCAAACAAUGUUGCCGGGAAACAUCAUACUGUAGAAAAUUGUACGGUACAUGUAAGUCUUUACCAACCUCCACCUUGUUACGAUGACAAGAUUCUUAUCAAAGGGCUCAAAAGCACUAAAGAUGCACUGUUCCUAUUCCUUGAAGCCACGGCAAAUGUGGAACCAAUAAGAAUGGAUCCCCAUGAAGAAGAUAAUAGUACAGUGCUGGUGACAUUAAAGGAAAAACCAAAUUUUGAAAAGCUUGAAAAGGCAUGCAAUGAAAGGCAGCUAGAAGGAGCAUGGCUAAAAUUAUCAAAGGUUCAGGUAUCACAUUGUAUUGUCGUCACCAAUAUCGCACCGGCAGUCACAAAAGACACUUUGCAAUACUAUUUUGAGAACAAAAGGAAGUCUAGAGGCGGGGACAUAGAAAAAAUUGUUAUAAAUGACGACGAUGAUGAACGGACUUGUAUGAUCUUUUUUGAAGACUAUAAAGUAAUUGACGAUAUUCUUGGCAUUCAUCAUACUCUUGGAGAUCAGAAAUUAGAAGUUAAACGUUUUCAACCUGUAUUAGGACGUCCAGAAGGAGACACGGAAGAACGAGAAUGGUGCUUACCUCGUUUCAUAGAAAUAAAUGAUGCAGAUAUCCAUAAGAUUUCAUUCGUCUCCAGUUCAAACGAAAUAAGCAGUACCUUUGAGGAAGAAUUAAUCAAAACUCACAUAAAGGUAGUGUGGCCAUCUGAAAACAACCAGAAUGUACAAUUACAUUGCACGCUUACAAAAAAUGACAAAUUGCGAUUCAAAAUAGCAAAAGGAUGGAGUAAGAAAGCACAGAUUGAAUUUAUGAAACUGAUGGAUACCAUUGUACUUCAUCGCAUUGAUAUAUUGCAAGAUAUUAGACCAAAUGUGAUGGAGUUUCUAAAGACUGUUCAUGUUAAAGAUGCAACAAAUGUCGCCAUUGUCAACAGAAAAGAUGAGAAUCAUAUUAUCAUUGUCGGAACUGAAGCUGCAGCUAACGUCCUUAAACAGGACAUUGAAGAAGGAAUUAAAAAGAUAUUACAAGUUGCCGAAAAAGAAAAACAGAAAGUGACAGAAAUAUUUUCCAAUUUAGAUCCCAUUGAGACUAAGAUGAUGAUUUUCCAACAUUUUGCAAAGGAACUAGAAGAUAAAUUUGAUGACUUAAAGGUAGAAAUCAUAACCGAUAAAAACGAAAUACAUCUUAAAGGUUUGAUAAGUAGUGUAAGGGACGCACAAAUAGCUAUCUAUGAUAGGAAGAGUAAAUUUGAUAUUCAAAAAAUAGAUGACAUUUCAAAACUUGCACUCACGUUACUGCAGUUAGAUGGCACACGUGACGUAUUGCAAAGAAAAUUAGAGGCUAACUCGAUUCAAGCGGUAUGGGAACCUUUCACAGAUGGGGUUGAUGUAUGCUGUUGCAAACCGUCGUCGAGUAGUAAAGCGUCAGAUAUAAUUCGUUCAUUCAUCCAUUACGAACGUAUAGCAAUAAAAAAGGGAGAGGUCCCUGAUUUAGAAACGGAUAAAUGGAGACAAAAACUUGACGAAAUAUAUCAAAAGCAUCCCGGAAAGGUGAGAAUAUCACUAGAAGAUGACCAAACGAAUAUUCAUGUAUGUGCAUUGGCUAACAUACAUUCAUACCAGUAA